AUGGACUCAAUCCCACCUGGCGUCCACUACCUCAUACAGCGCGCGCACAAGUUAACGGCUCCGCCUCUGCUUACCUAUUUCGCGUUCCGAUACUACCUGGCGCCGACCUAUGGCGUACAAUACCCCGCUCUGCACUCUGCCUGGACUCUGGCCUGUGCGCUGAUUGGGAGCCUGCCUUCGACUCUCGCUCUGGCUGUGCUCUGGAGCGAGGUGCGCAUCAGGGUAGACGCUGCUAGGAAGGGUGCGAUUAUGCCCCCCCGGUUGGGCGAUUGGUCGCCGGGGAAUAUUAUGACAGUGAUCAAGAACAUCAGGGAGUUUGAGAAGAAGUACCCAGGCGACGGCUUUGAUCAGUUGUGUAAACAACAUGGGUGCUCAACAUUCAAUGCACGGGUCUUGUUUGAGAAUAGGUUGAUCACUGCAGAACCAGACAUUAUCAAGGCAAUCCUAGCCACUCAAUUUGACGAGUUUGAAAAAGGACCAGAAACUCGAACAUUAUUUUAUCCAUUACUGGGAACAGGCGUAUUUGCUGCUGAUGGUGAUUUGUGGAAAUUCCAUCGUUCUAUGACGAGGCCUUUCUUCAGCCGAGAGAGGAUCAGUCAUUUCGAUAAUUUCGACAGGCAUGCGGAGGACGCAAUCACGCAGCUCAAGUCACGGUUGCGAGAAGGUCAUCCCGUGGAUUUUCAGGACCUUGUUGCACGCUUCACACUUGACUCUGCCACAGAGUUUCUUUUUGGAAAUGAUGUUGGGUCUCUCUCGGGAGGGCUUCCAUACCCCUAUUAUAUCAAAUCCGGGGUAGCAAACACAGAUGUUGUCCCGCAUCUAUCGUCCCGCUUUGUAGGCGCCCUUGCUGAAGCACAGAUGAUUACUGCAAGGCGCAUGGGCUUAGGCGUUCAUUGGCCUCUUAUGGAAUUUUGGCAUGACAAACUAAAGGGCCCUAUGCGCGUUGUGCAUGAGUUUAUAGAUCCCAUUGUGGCAGAGGCUAUUAGCAGGAAGAGAGCGUCUGUCGGACAUGUCAGGGAAAAGGAUGACGAAACUCUCCUGGAAAACUUGGUAAACUCGACAGAGGAUCCAAUUACUUUGAGAGAUGAAAUCAUGUCAUUGUUGGUAGCAGGGCGGGAUACGACUGCAAGCACUCUUACCUUUAUAGUGUAUAUGCUUGCCGAGCAUCCUAAAGUCUUACAAAGGCUUCGCGAGGAGGUUUUGGAAAGGGUCGGUCCACAAAGACGACCUACAUAUGAUGACUUUAGGGAUAUGAAAUACCUUAGGGCCGUCAUCAACGAAACUUUGAGGUUAUACCCUGCGGUGCCUUUUAACAUUAGGACAUCCAAGGAGGCAACGGUAUGGCCUAACAAACACGGUAAACCAUUUUAUGUACCAGCCAACACAAGGACUCCCUAUGCGAUUGCCUUGAUGCAAAGAAGGGAAGACUUAUGGGGACCAGACGCCCUGGAGUUCGAUCCGGAUCGUUUUUUGGAUGAAAGGCUCCAUAAAUACUUAACCCCCAACCCGUUCAUCUUCCUUCCAUUCAAUGCUGGCCCUAGAAUCUGUUUGGGUCAACAGUUUGCCUAUCACGAAACUUCUUUCUUCCUGGUCAGACUUCUCCAAAGCUUCUCUGGCAUUCUUCUUGCGCCGGAUGCCCAGCCACCCAAAUCUCGCCCACCGGCUGAAUGGGCGGCCGAGGGUGAGAAUAUGAGGAAAAGAAGGGAGAAAAUCAAGCCGAAGGCACAUCUAACGAUGUAUGUCCAAGGAGGGCUUUGGGUCACCAUGCAAGAAGCUUAA